GUCGCGUGUCCAUUUCCGGUAUGUCCUAGGCAAAUAUUAAGGAAGUAUGAAUGACACAAGAUGGGUUCUCAAUUGAGAAAGAAGACACUAUUCAUUGAAUUAUGUCAUAAUACGAUAUGGUAAUGUAUAUCCCAUUCCUUGUAAAUCGCAUUCUCGAUUUUGACAAUGGAUACUCAUAACUAACCCUUACACAAUAGGACAUCGCGCAUGCUCUAAACAUGAGCACAUGUUGUGAGGAAACGCAUUAAGGAGUAGUGGAUGGUUCAACUUUAAGCGAAACACACAGCUCCAGAGUUCAACCUUCAACAUGCAGACACAGUGUGAAGUUUGUACAGAAGAGGCAGCCAAGUACAAGUGUCCUCAGUGUGUCCUCAGAUACUGUUCUGUCCAGUGUUACAAGAAACACAAAGAAACGUGUGCAAGAAAGGAUGCCAAUAGAAAGGAUCCGGGAUCCGAGACGUUAGAAAAAGAAAGGUUUCAAGAACAGAAAGAGGAGGGUGAGCUGUCAGACACGGAGCUUGAGACAACGGAAGACAAAGUGGAUAGACACCUACUGGAUAAACUAGGAGAAUCGGAGGACCUGAAGAACCUUCUCCAGAACCCCCAUUUACGUGUGAUGAUGUCGGCGCUGGUAGGUGCUGAAAACCCUGGCAAACUCAUGGAGGAAGCCAUGAAGGAACCGAUUUUUUACUGAAUUUGCCGAUGAGUGCUUGAAGGUCAUAGAGCCGGAGCAGACAUGACUGCGGCUGAGGAAACUGACUAGAUGUGUUAUAUUGUAAAACAAGAAAACAGCUGUUGAAAAAUGUGAAAGACAUUAUAUGAAAGAAUGCGAGGGUGACAUCACCAGUGACAAUCAAGUCUUGGAUGUAUACAUGUUGGUAUGUUUGGCCAAUGGUCUGUUGAUAAUCUGUUAAUGAUCUAUGGAUGAUAUGUGGAUGGUCUGUGGUGUUCAAAGCUGGUGAAGGAAACAGUCAAGUGGAGUCCUGAUAUCAUGUCACAGAAUACAAGGCAUCACUGUCCAUUGACAGUGGCCAUAUUACACAGCUAAGCUUGACAUGUUGAUCAACAAGAUAAACAAGAUGGCCACUGCAUCUCCAGGUUCACCAGUUAGUAAUGUGCUCCUUGAUCCUCCAGUGACGGCAACAUGCACAGGUUUCACAUCAUUAGACUGGCACAUCAACAGCCUGUGGUCCAGUGUAGAUCUAGUCUAGUGGCCAGUCCAGUGUUAUACUGUUUCAGCUAGCAUGAAAACAAAUAUCUUAGGGGCAGAUACAGCUUUUUGAGAAAGAGGGGGUGCACACUUCAUUUUAACAGUUUCAAUGGUCAUUUAAUAAACUUACAGGACAAAAGGAGGGGUGCGCACCCUGCAUGCAUGCACGCAUGCACACACACACUCUCUCUCUCUCUCGCUCUCCCUUUCCAGUCUACACCCAGAGUUAUUUUGGCCCACUCACUCACUCACAGGUCUUGUGCUUCCUGCUGCUCUGUAUAGAGGGAGAUAACACACUUUGUGGAGGACAUAAUUACAGUUACUGCCUGUGCUAUAUAUAUUGCAAACGGGAGCCAUUUUCAAUGUGUAAGAUUUCAAGUAAAGACAUUGCAGUUAUGAUUAAUAAAUAUCUCGUUUUGUUGAAAGGAAUAUACACAUGAAGCAAGAUAUCUGUUUCAUUGUAUUUCUGUGUUAGUUAUCAUCAGUUGAUUGAGUAUUGUCAUAGCAAUGACUGAUAAAAGCUCCACAUUAAAUAUCUUUUUUGCAUAAA